GCUCCGAUGGCUCCUGCAAAGAAAGGUGGCGAGAAGAAGAAGGGACGCUCUGCCAUCAACGAGGUGGUAACUCGGGAAUACACCAUCAACAUUCACAAACGGAUCCAUGGCGUGGGCUUCAAGAAGCGCGCACCGCGGGCUCUCAAGGAGAUCCGUAAAUUCGCCAUGAAGGAAAUGGGCACUCCCGACGUUCGCAUUGACACCAGGCUGAACAAGGCGGUCUGGGCAAAAGGGAUAAGGAACGUUCCUUACCGUAUCCGCGUGCGUUUGUCCAGAAAGCGCAACGAGGAUGAAGAUUCGCCAAACAAGCUGUACACGCUGGUUACCUACGUACCAGUCACAGCAUUCAAAGGUCUACAGACGGUCAAUGUGGAUGAAAAUUAACCUGAUUUUCAUUAUAAUAAAAGGAUAAAAAG